CUCCCAACUUCCCAUGAGGUGGCGCUGGCUCAAGAUGGCACAGGACACGAUGUUUGCGCGAGGACUGAAGAGGAAAUGUGUUGACCACGAGGAAGAUGUGGAUGGAUCCCUGGCUGGCUUUAAGACUCUCCCCUCCUACAGCCUGCAGCGGCAGUCGCUUCUGGACAUGUCCCUGGUAAAGCUCCAGCUCUGCCACAUGCUAGUCGAGCCCAAUCUCUGCCGUUCGGUGCUCAUAGCCAACACGGUCCGGCAGAUUCAGGAGGAGAUGACCCAGGAUGGGAUGUGGCGGGCAGUGGCACCCCAGAGUGUGGCGCGGGCCCCUCUUGACCGCCUGGUUUCCACAGAGAUCCUGUGUCGCUCGGCGAGGGAACAGGAGGGGGAGCAUCCUGCUCCUGAGCUGGGCUCAGUGUCUGAACUUCCCCUGGUCACCUCAGCACAGGUGCCGAGGAGCCCUCAGAGCAGCGUUUGGGAAACAGACAACCCUCGAGAAAAUAGAGGAAGCUUUCAGAAGUCGCUAGAUCAGAUAUUUGAAACACUGGAGAAUAAAAACCCCAGUUCCAUGGAAGAGCUGUUUUCAGAUGUGGACAGUUCCUACUACGAUCUGGACACGGUGCUGACAGGAAUGAUGAGUGGCACCAAGUCUGGCCAUUGUGACACGCUGGAGGGCUUUGCCUCAGCAGCCGCCCCACCCCCCAGCCCCAGCUGCAAGUCCGAGCUAGGUGAGCUGGACCACGUGGUGGAGAUCCUGGUGGAGACCUGAGCAGCCUCCUGGCAGGCUGCUCCUCAGCCCUGUGACCCAGCUGUUCAUCAGAUGCACUUGUGAGCUUCGUAAUUCGGCGGACUUGGCCCUGCAAGGAGUGUUCUGGCCCUCUGCAGCCAGUGGCCAGCCUUGUGUGGUUUGUGUAUUGGUUCUCGGAGUGUCCAGGAACAGCUGGUCAUCAGCAGGGUCUGCGGCCUCCAGACCUGUCCCCUCCCCUUCCCCUCUGAGGAGGGCAGAGCAGAGGCUGGUCAGACGGGAGCUCACCCCUGGGCCAGUCUGGACCCUCUCAGAGCCCGGCCCCUCGUGCCUCAUUGUGUCCUGGCUGCAGCCACUGUGGGCUGAGCCGCAAGCUGCAUCCAACCUUGUUUAAUUCUAGAUGCGUGAAUUUUUUAAAAUUAAGUUUUGUAUGUUUUGGGCAGUAUUUUGUCUUAAGGUAUAUUUUUUAAACUUUUUAUACUUUAUCUCUUUAGAUUUUUUCAGCUAUUUUCUUAAAAGUAUAUUUUUUCUAUAAACAUCCUCUGCUGCUACAUUAGCAACUUUUAUAGCCUAAACAAUUGCAGUCGAUGUAUUUCUUUUUUUAAAGGUUUAAAUAAGGGAGUGUUUUUGCAGUGAGCUUCACUGCACUUGAGUCAACAGUGUGAACAUGUUAUGAUUUUUUUACCUUUAAUUUGUGUGUGGCCCUUCCCUAUCAUGUCCUAUGUUACAGUUAGAGCUUCAUUAAAAUCGAGAACUAUUCACAGCCACGACACUUUUUUUUAUCAUUGGAAGAUCCACUGUGCUUGCUGUGUCUUCCUAGACUGAAGUGUAAAUUAAGGAGAGUUUUAUUUAUGCCUAUUUAUAUGUAAAUGUCAUUGGAGGCAAGGGUCAGAUAUUAGUCUGUUUGGAAAUCAUGAGCACCAGUUGAUCUUCAGAGAUGUGGAGUCUCUUGGUGGUGCCUCUGGCAGCUUGUAUUUCUAGAGGGCCCCUCCUGUCAGAUUCCCCAGUACAGGACCUGCUGGGGCGCCCUGUGCCAGGCACACACGGGUUUUAAAGGACAUGUCUAUGUGCUGUUGGAUUGGGAAUGCCUUGGCUGGCUCUGUUAAAUUGGUGCUGAAACAAAAUUUUAAUGUUAAAUUUAAAUCUAGAAUGAAAAAUCUGAAUCUGUAUACUUUGUGGCCCUCGAUCUUGAGGGUCAUUGAGGUGCUGCUGUUGGAAGUGAGUGGGCCCCAAGCGCCCCUGUGCCUGCAGAGCCUUGACGUCUGUUCACAGCCAGGCUCCUCCCCACCUACCUGUUUCCUGUUUCGCACAUGCGUUUUCUCAUUGCCCCACCCCUUAGCCAGAAAGGUUUCUUGUUUUCUUCUGUGCACAUGACCAUUCUUGAUGUUGGUAAUGUAAACCUCACUUUAUUAAAAAUUAUCCAACAAAGAGAU